AUGGUCUACGUCGCACAACCACACUCGGCGCUGCCCAUCCCAGAUGCCUUUGCCAAGGACCUCUCCUGCGACAAUGUCGCCUUCUUUGGCAAGGAGAACUGGCCAAGAUCUCAAAAGCAAGCUGGCAAACAACCACAGGCCGUCGCUUCCAUCGCUUGCAUCCCCUUCCCGUCAACAACAGACUCAGAUCAUCAGGUAGAAGCUGCACCAGCCAAGUCGAGCCAGGAUGAUGCCGACCUCAAGUCGUCCACCUCGGUCAGCGACUGGUGUGCGCAGAUGGUCUGCUACAUUUGGUUUAGCGGCAUCGACAGCCACGAGCCCAACUUCUCCCUCUCUGCUGCCUCCAGCCCCGCAUCUCGAGCUGGCCGUCUCUCGGUCACCAGCUCGCCACCUGCGACCCACCUCUCUGCACACAAGCGUCACUCCAAGAAGCUCAGCCUCGGCAGCCUCUCGGAAGCAGUCUCGUUCUCGGUUCGCGAUCUCCACAACGCCGUCGAGGCACAUGCCCGGUCCGCCGUCGAGUCGACUCGCUCCCGCCCCAGCGCCAGCGAACGUUCCAACGACCCUCGCCUGCUCCGCUUGUUCCCUCGCCGCCGCUUCACCGACUUUGUCCGCAACAUGCUCAACACCACCCAGGUCUCCAAGUCGGUCAUCAUUCUCGCCCUCCUCUACAUCCACCGCCUCAAGUCCAAGAACCCUGGUCUUCGCGGUCAGGAGGGCAGCGAGUUCCGCCUCUUCGUCACCGCCCUUAUGCUCGCCAACAAGUUCCUCGACGACCACACCUACACCAACAAGACCUGGUCCGAGCUGUCUGGCCUCAAGCUCAAGGACGUCACCAAGAUGGAGAUCGAGUUCUGGCUUGGUCUUUCCUCCAACAUUCACGCCUCAGAUGCCGACUUCCGCAGUUGGAUCGGUACUCUCGAGGUGCUUGCUGAGCGUCGUCAGCUUGCCCUUAGCGCGCACGAGGCCGAGAAGCUGCGUCAGGCCGCACUUCGUCAGCAAGGCUUUGUUCAGCACGCACCCGCCCGCUCGCCACUUCAGGCUCCUGUACUCGCCUCGAUCUAUGACGCACCUCGCCGCAUCGCUCACAACUCUCGCGUCAGCCAGUCGCGAUCCUGGUCGCCCGAACAGCUUGCGCUCGAUGCUCGACCUCGCUCGUCGCCUGCCACCGCCGCCACCAGCCAUCUCAGCCACGUCUAUGCACCGGCUCCUGCACCCAUUGUGCCCAGGUUUGACCUUGAUGCUAGCGUGCAGGCCAUCAUGAACAACGCCGGCUACCCGACACCCGCCUCGUCGUCUGUCGGCGCCAGCUCGCCAACGGGUGUGUCUCAGCUGGACGUCUGCACGGGCAGCAAGCGAGGCUAUGCUCAGCACGAUCAGACGAGCCCUCUCAGCGAGACACGCUUCUAUCACACGCCAUCGCCCGAGCGCAGCAACAAGCGACGUCAGAUGGGCGACGACCGCGCACUCCAAGCAUUCACCUCGGGUGCGCGCAACUACGGUCUCAGCCCACCCUUCGCCCAGCCGUGCCCACGUAGCGUGUUUGAGCCGCUCGUCUCGACUCCCAACACGCUGCUCGCGCCGUACGUCAUGCAGCAGCAGCAAGCCGGAGCAGGGACGAUGCUGGCAAAGCACCAGGCGCUGGCUUACUGGCAACUAGCCGCCGGCCACGACCGCGGCAUCCUCGGCCUGCACAUGCCUGCUCCCCAGGACUACUUCCACUGGCACCAACUUGACCACACCACAACCGCAGCAUACCCCACUCCCCCCAUCGAGCCCUUCCAAUACGCCAGGCCUCACGCCCCCUUCAACAACGCCGAGACCCAUUACGUCGACCCCCUCUUCAUCCGUUACUAG